AUGAAGAGCUUAAUUUUCGCAUCCCUUGUUGCAACACUGCUCAUUCUUCUCAGUACACAUGCUGAAGCUAAACAGGGGAAGCUCCACCCCACUGACAGAUGUUCAGUAAGUAAACAUACCAAGGCAACUCUAACUGUAAAUAGCUUUGAAAAAGGCGGAGGUAGCGGCCCAUGUGCAUGCGACGGUCAGUUCCAUGACGACGAUACUCGUAUCGUGGCACUCUCCCCUUGCUGGUACAACGGAGGAUCAAGAUGCAUGAAUACAAUCAUUAUAAAUGCUAAUGGGCGGAGCGUGGAUGCUAUAGUUGUUGACGAAUGUGCAGGUUGUAAUGCUAUAGUGGACGCUUCGAAAGCUGUUUGGAAAGCUUUAGGCCUGGAUACAAAUGUUGGAGUGUAUGGUAUCACCUGGACUGAUGCUUAA